UCUCCCGGCGGUCAGGUACGGAGAGGGGGGCGGAGAUUCAGAGGGAGCCGCUUCAUAUCGGACUGGUCCGGGCGUCCCGGACAACAAAUGGCUGUGAACCGAGAGAGAGAGAGAGGGAGAGAGUGUGAAGCAGGUUUCUUUUUCUCAGUAGGUUACGACAACAGUGAGAGCUGUCUCCAUGCUCACAUAGUGGGUUAGACGGGGGCAGACACGCAGUACAUUUUAUCCGUCUGGCAGAAGAAUGGGAGAGUGCUGUUGACACCACGGAGAGAUACACGCUGAGACCGACCAUGGCUGUGGACGCGGCGUCCAGCUUCAGUUUUUGCCGUGCCUCCCUGGAGCACACGGUGUCUGCUGAGGAACUGAGCUACCAGCUGCCACGUCGCGCCGGAGGCAGCAACCUGACCUGGCACGACGGCCGCGGCCAGAAGACAGCACACACACGCACAGUCAAACUGCUGCAGCAGCCCGGCACAGAGGGCAUCCAGUUGCGACCGGGUGAAGCCUUCACUGUGUACCACACCAGCCCGACGCUGUCCAGUCUGUCCAAACCUGUGGUGCUGUGGACUCAGCAGGACGUCUGCAAGUGGCUUAAAAAACACUGUCCUCACAACUACCUGACCUAUGUAGAGGCCUUCUCCCAUCAUGCAAUCACAGGACGGGCGUUGCUGCGUUUGAACGGGGAGAAGCUAGAGAGGAUGGGAAUUGUCCAGGAGACGCUGAGGCAGGAGGUCCUCCAACAAGUCCUCCAGCUUCAGGUCAGAGAGGAGGUCCGCAACCUGCAACUCCUUAGUAGAACCUCCUUUGGAAACUUCUCUUAGCUCAACCCUGGAUCCAUUUGGCAGCCCCUUCCCUCAUCCUCUGUCACAAUACGUCUCUAGGAGCCAUGGAAGCGCUGCUGUCUUCAGAUAUGUGAACGGAGAGUCAACGAGUGAAAGGGAGGAGGACGAGCCUAUAGACUACAUGCCAACCAGUCUGGAGGAUUCUCAUUCAAGACAGCCAAUAUGGUUUACAGACACUGAGACACAGAAAAAGCCCCGUUCAAGACAGGGAUACCCACUGUAACAUAGUGAUAAGAUGUAAGAAUCACAACCCAAGUGAUGAUGUAGGCCUGUCACUGGUAUAUGCUAGAUCACGGCAAAUAUCCUUUUGGUUUUCUGUCUCAUUUGGAUUGGACUAAUUUUACAAUUUAAACAGAAGCUCUGUGACAAAAACACACAGCUUUAUUUUUGACAUAACAUGACCUUUACAUGUGCACUCUAUCUCUCUCUCUCUCUCUUCUGGUUAAGGUCAUUACAUGAAUAAUUCUUCAGCAUGAUUUUACAUCACCUAAACCUUUGAAUCCAGUGACUCUGACAACAUGUGUCUGAUGGUAUGAAUUAGGUAGUAGAUUUACAUGCAGCGCCACCAUUUGGCCACUGGAUAUGAAGUGAAAGAAGGCCCCAAUCGAUCUCCAUCUCCCCUCUGAAGCUGCAAAACCAAGCCUGUUCAGAAGGAAUUAGAGCUGGUCUUAAAUGCAUUUGACUAACGCCAAUAAAAUCCUAAUCAAUUCCUCACCCACAGGUCACAGUGCAUUUUCCUCUCAGGACUUGUUUUGGCAUUGUAGUUUUAUGGAUCAACAAUAACACUUAAAACCGAAUUUCAUUCCCACAAUCAUUCUUUUUGUAUUAUGACUGAUCUGCAGUAUGUCAGUGAGAAAUUAGAAAUAUAUAUAUAUACAGAUUGAGAAUUGUAGAAUAACAUACACUGUAAAUCUAUGUAUACUUUAACAGUAACUUAGUCUUUUAUCAAUGGAAUAAAUCCGGAGGACACAGACUUGCUGUAUUGUGAUAAUCACUGAUUGUCUAUGCUUGAUAAAGCAAUAAUUUAAAUGGUAUUGAGUAAAGAGGAAUAACUGUACUGGGUAAACAUUAAAAAAUCUUUUUGCAAUUGUUGAAGUUGAAAUCCACAUUAUGAGUGUCUGCUGAGGGAAAUAUAUACUUAUUGGCAGCAUUGUAGCUUAUUUCCCUUGUGUGUGCUACUGUAUACUGUUUGUCAUCUCUCGCACACAAAUAUGAAAAAGCCUCUGUUGAACUCUUCCCCAUUUUCUGUCCCUGGUGUGACACUGAUUUCAAAUGCUCAGAAAUCAAAAUGCUGUGACAACUACACAGAUGCAAGAUUCCCAACGUGACUGAAGCGAGCACCUUUGACGUCUCCGUAGACAGCAGCAGACAGCUAUGUGUGAUGAUGAUGAUGAUGAUGAUGUUAAAGUCACGUAAAUAAAUAAAUAAACUUCCAACAAACAAAACUUCCCCUUCCAACAUCCUUCCAUCUGUCCUUUGAUAAGGAGUCUUUGGGAAAUUUGAGUAAUUGACUGUUAAAAGGGAGAAAACUCACUGUAUUAUUUUUGGAUUACCUGAUGUACUGUAAAUAUGAACUCUUUUGGUUUACUUUGUCAGAUGAUUGAUGGAUUGUUUGAAAUGCAAAAAGGAAAAAUAAAAAUAUUUAUCUGCUUUACAGAUAUGAAGACAUAUGGUAUGGAACAUGA